UAUGAUGAGGUUUUUAUUAUGGCCAGUGACCCCUUGGAAGGCUUUCAUGAAGUGAACCUUGCUUCACCUACUACACCAGAUCUUCUUGGAGUGAAGGAGCCAGGGACUCAGGAACAAACUACCUCACCUAGCGUCAUCUACAGACCGCAUCCUUCUGUCGUGUCCUCCACCGCGAUCCAGCCCAAUGCAUUAGACGUUUCUGACCUUCCCACACAACCUGUUUAUUCAUCUCCCAGGCAACUGAAUUGUGCAGAAGUAUCAGGUGUCAGCAUCAAUGUUACCGACGCAGUGCUUUGUUCUACCUCUGGACCCCAGGGUGGGUCCUUCAAUCACAGUAAUUCCAGAAAGGAGAGCAAUAACGUAGAGAGAGAGUUUUUGCAGGGUGCUACAGUAGCAGAUGUUGCUGAAGGAAAUGAAGAUAUUUUUGGGUUGAGUACAGACAGUUUAUCUCACUUACGGAGCCCAUCUGUACUGGAAAUAAGAGAAAAGGGCUAUGAACGAUUGAAAGAAGAACUUGCAAAGGCUCAGAGGGAGCUGAAGUUAAAAGAUGAAGAAUGUGAAAGGCUUUCUAAAGUGCGAGAUCAACUUGGACAGGAGUUGGAAGAACUUACAGCUAGUCUGUUUGAGGAAGCACACAAAAUGGUUAAAGAAGCUAAUGUCAAACAAGCUGCAGCUGAAAAACAGUUGAAAGAAGCACAAGGAAAAAUUGAUGUCCUCCAGGCUGAAGUAGCAGCAUUAAAAACACUGGUACUGUCCACUUCACCUACAUCUCCAACCAAGGAGUUUCAGUCUAGUGGAAAAACUCCUUUUAAGAAAGGCCAUGCAAGAAACAAGAGUACAAGCAGUGCUAUGGGUGGCAGUCAUCAGGACCUUACCAUGAUGCAGCCAAUUGUAAAGGACUGUAAAGAGGCUGAUCUGUCUUUGUACAAUGAAUUCAGGUCUUGGAAGGAUGAGCCUACUAUGGACAGAACCUGCCCUUUCUUGGACAAAAUUUAUCGGGAAGACAUUUUUCCAUGUUUAACCUUCUCCAAAAGUGAGUUGGCCUCAGCUGUUCUGGAAGCUGUUGAAAACAACACUCUGAGCAUUGAACCUGUUGGCUUGCAACCUGUUCGAUUUGUGAAAGCUUCUGCAGUCGAAUGUGGAGGACCAAAGAAGUGUGCUCUCAGUGGGCAGAGCAAGUCGUGCAAGCACAGAAUCAAACUCGGAGAUUCCAGCAGCUAUUACUACAUCUCUCCUUUCUGUCGUUACAGGAUCACUUCUGUGUGUAACUUCUUUACCUAUAUUCGAUACAUCCAACAAGGGCUGUUGAAGCAGCAAGAUGUGGAUCAGAUGUUCUGGGAAGUGAUGCAGCUGAGAAGAGAGAUGUCACUAGCAAAACUUGGCUAUUACAAGGAAGAGCUCUAA